CACACCCACUCACAACUUCAGCCCUACAACUUGAUGAAGUUUUCCUCCAACUUUACAUUCAGCGCGGACCAGCCCCCAGAUCAACAGCAUGGCUCCAUGCAACAAGUGGUGGAUUUUGUGCGCAGUUUUGGUUUCCUGUGUCGCCCGUUUUGGGUCCUGCAGAAGACAUAAAGCCGAGCUCUUCAUCUUCAAUGAGCUGUGCGCCCUGAAGGACGAGCCGGGGCCCUGCAAGGCCAUUAAAGACCGAUUCUUCUUCAAUGUGGACACAGGAGGCUGUGAGCUGUUUGAAUACGGAGGCUGUGGGGGCAACGAGAACAAUUUUGAGACCUUGGAAGCAUGUGAGGAAACAUGCUUGGUCUCAGAUGACAAGAGCCCGUGUCACCUACCCGAGGCUCCUGGUCCCUGUCGAGGACUCCUGACGCGAUACUUCUUCGACAGCAUGAGUCAGCAGUGCAAGCAUUUAUUUUACGGCGGCUGCUUUGGCAAUGCCAACAACUUCAGAAGCAUGGCGGACUGCCAGGCCAAAUGUCAGAACCCAGCAGAACCCACUGAGGCACCAGAAGGCCACAUAAUGUCUGCGAGAAGAUCUGACAUUGUGCAGCCGACCAGGAUAACUGGGGAAUCAACUGUAGCUGAACCUCAGGUGCAAGCAAAUGUCACUAAUCCAGAGCCAAAAGAGGUGAAGCCUACAGACCUGUGCUUUAGUCCGGUGGAAAGGGGAACAUGUGAUGGGGCGGAGAAGAGGUUUGCCUUCAACUCUAAGACCAAGAGAUGCCACGCAUUCCACUACAGCGGCUGCGAGGGGAACGAGAACAACUUCCAGUCCCGGAAAGACUGUAUCAUCAAGUGCAUCAAACGCAGAAAGGCUCAUGGGAGGGGGACGAUUCGGAUAAGGAAGAAAAACCUGAACAGCAUCGUGAAUCGCUCAGUCUGAACACUUGGCUCUGAAUUAGAUCCUGCAACACUGUGGAGCCACCUGUAUUUAUGUCCAUAUGUUAAGUCUAGCUUUAAUCAUAUCUAUUGUUUUCUAUGGGUGCAGUACUUGUAUAAAAGUCAUGUAUUGUACCGAAUUCCCUCGUAGAGUUUGAAUGCAAUUAUAAUCUUUAUUUACUUUGUUUUAAUCUUGACAAGGACACAUUUGUCUUGCUGAUCUCAACACUGAUGCUGUGUGUAUCAAUGCUUGUUUUUAAACGUUAUAUUGUGUCAUUUUUCUGAGUUUCAACUUCUCCAUGCACUAUAUAACGCAACGAAUAUACAGUCCUAUUUAAAUGUUAUAUUGCAAAAUGUUUUUGCCUGUCAUAAUGUUUCUUCACAAACGCAGAAGAAACAUCUGUUUAAUUAAGACUUAGAGAGUUGAUAACCAAUUUGUUUUGCCUCUCCGGUCUUCCAUACUGUUAUAAUCAUACUGAUAUCUUUUUUUGUGGGAAACGCCAAAGUUUAAGCAUUAUUCUCGUUCAAUAACAUGAAUGCUUAUUCUGCUUACAGUAUAUAUUGUGUGUGCAUAGUGCGUGAUGUUUGUGUUCAAGGGUAUUGCUAUUGUUAAUCAAUUUGAACAGCAGCAUUAGCAGAUUAAACUGCUGGCUAUCCGUAUUCUAGGAUCAACCACAACAGGAUAUGGAAUGAUGUCAGGCACACAGAUUCAUCAAGAUGUCCUCACAGCUAUAAAUCGUUGUGAACAAGGUAAUGACUGCUUUAUUUUGGUCGGAAUUAACAUGAACUCUUUUUUCUUUUUAAUCAAUAUUAUGCAGUUUUGUAAAUCACUGUGGCUCUCCUGCUGGUGUUGUUGGUAAGAAAAAACAGAAGGGGGCGGUGUUGUGUAAAGUACGUUUUCAAAGAGGUUUUCAGCACUGUCACUUUACUAUAUCUUUUUAUUAUAAUGGCUGUAAUGAAAUGUAAGAGUAUAUAUAUAUAUUAAAGUUCAACAAUCUUUC